GAAUUGUACAGAUCUGAGCUGUGGGAACAGGACGUAUCGGAGCUGCGCUCUCACAUCCGCACCAGCUCGGAGGAGUUGGAUAAUUACGAAGGCGCCUUCGCCUUGGAGUUGGAUGGCAAUGUCUCCCAGGGCCUUCCUGAGGAAUUCGAACGGUCAGAGGGAGGCAGAGAGGCCGGCGUUCGUCGCAAUCGCAAGCAGGCCCUUCUGCAGGGCCUCCGCGGCAGGAAGAGUUUCCGGCCCGGGCAGGCCGUUACAGCAGGCGGUGGACGACCACGGUGCGCACGUGGCUCGCUUCGUGGGCAGGAAGCGCAGGACGGGUGCGCAUAA